GGCGCUGUCUCGGGUCGUGGGUUUAAUAAUUACAUGUCGGGGUAUAGGUGUUAAUUUUCCGCGACGGAUUAAAACGUCGGGCUUGACGGAUUGCCGCCAAAUACGAUGGAGCGUCUCGCUUUGCUGUUGGCCGUGCUGGCCGCCGUGCGGGCUGAGUUCCCAACCAAGGAAUUUGUAGAAAUGUUAAAACCAGUCAUCUUAAAAUGCGAAGAAAAAACUGGUGUAAAUAAAGAUUUUGUUGACCAGUUCAAUAAAGGCACAAUGGUCGAUGACCCCACAUUCAAGUGCUACCUCAAAUGCAUGUUUCUGGAAUUUGAAGUCCUAGAUCCAACUUCCGGCCACUUCCGCUACGAAAAAAUGUUAGGAAUUCUGCCUCAAGAAAUGAAGCCUAUAGCCAUGGAGAUGGGCAAAAACUGCAUCCACUUCAAGGGUGAAGAGGGAUCGGACCUUUGCGAGGUGUCGUACCAACUGCACCAGUGCUGGCAGAAGGCCAGUCCUCAGCAUUACUUCCUUUUACGACGCUGAAAGAUGCCCGAUAAUACACUUAGGUAUACCGACCGUUGAAGAAUCCUUAUUUAAAGAAGCCCAUUAUGUAACCUUAAAUAUUAUGCCUACCUAACUACAUGUAUUUUUCUGUUGCAAUAAAAUUAAAUAUUCGCCUAUACAAUUUGUAGGUACUUACCUGAUAAA